GGCCGGCCGUGCGGGAGCCAGGCGUGAUAAACCCGCUUUGCCAUGCCGGGCUCCUGCAGACUGGCUCUCCGAGUGGCAGCCCCGCAGCACUUGUAAAAUCCUCUUUCUCAAGAUGAAUUUCAGUGAAAUGGCUACAUCUAUUCGAGUGCUCACUCGUUGGAGGUACAUUAAUUGGCUGAUGGCUAGUCAAAAAGCGAUGAGCCAGUUGCAGGGGUUUAAUCCUGUGCUUGGAAGUGUUUCAACGCGGGGCUGCCUUCCUGUUUAUCCUCGGCCCCAGGAAUUUUGGAAGACCUGGGUUGCAUUAGAUACCUGUGUCGCUGAGGUGAGCAGGCUCGGAGUGUCACCCACAUGUCAGAGGAAGCACCCAUGUAGCCACUGUGUGACAUGCUUAGAAUCACUCACGCACCCCCAGCCACUGCCCUGUGGGCUGCGUCUCUGGACAGAUAAAGCAGGUCUGGGUCUGGGGAAACGACAGUAAUUUUAGGGUGUUUCUACUCAAGCCCAAACUGUCAAGAAUACACAGACCGACAUGUGAAAUAAUCGUUUAAGAAAAGCCUGCUUUUUGAAAUUUCCCAGUCCACCCGGGAGACUAUUAAAUCUUCACCCAAUGAAAUUGAUUUAAGUUCAUCUGUUCUCCCUGGAACUUGCCGCCUUCCCAGGCAGGCGGAGCAGCCCCUGGUGAGCUCACCCCGGCCCGGACUCCUCUCCCCGCGCGUUUGAAGAAGGAAGGGUGGCUGCUGGGUUUCACCGAAGGGGAGCAUUCAAUGAGGAAAAUCAGCAUUCCGGGUGCGGGUUCUGGACUUCUGGAAAAAAGACAGCCCUCCCCAAAGUGCAAUCAUCUUUUAAUCUAUCAAAAUGACUUCAUUUUUCCAGUUGCAGGCCUGUGAACUGAUCGUGAAUAGCAGGGCAGAGGAAAUUAAUCGCCCAGGCAAAGACUUUUAACAAGUAAAUAUUAUGCACAGAAAAACAUGCAAUUAGUGGAGGUUAGUUAAUGCCUUUCAAGUUUCUGCGAGCUGCAGCUACGGGUGGAAUUUCUGCCUUAUCCCUGAAUUGUCUGUCAAAAUCUUUAAUGUGACAAUGUGACAUGUCUCUCCCAUCGCCCCUCCCUCACCGGGAACAAAAAAGGGUCUUUUCACGAAUUUUCCCUUUCCAUUCUUCUUCUCCCUGAGAUCUUGCCGUUCAGCAGUCAGUACCUUUGUCUGCUGCACCCCUGGGGCGGGGGUCCCUGGGGCAAAGGGCUCCCCAGGUGCAGAGGCCCACGGAUGGGCUCUCAGGCUCGCUCUGUCCCCACAGGUCAAAGUCGAUGGCACCUCAGAUAAGACACAGGCCUACUUGUGGGGUCUCCCUUCUGGCCUGGAGGCCUCACGCUCGAGGACCAGAUGUGCCCAGUGCUGGCGGGGCCGGGGAGAAGGGGGGUGAAGGGAACGUUUCUUGCAGGGAGAACCGUUGAGGUGCUGGGGCUCUCUGAAAGCAGUUGGCUGCAGCCCCCUGUGGCUGGUGUGUGGAUGUCCCCACAAAAUGAUGCCACCAGCCAGCAUCCUCUCCAGACUGCCACUGGACUUGUUUGACUUGGGUCUGAAGAGGCGACUCAAAUGUCAAAAGCAAAAAACAACCCCAAGGGGGAAAAAUAUAAGAGGGCCCCUUUUGGGGAUGGUGGUGGAAGGAAGGUAUAAAUAUAGAAAUAGUUUCUCGGUUAAUUUGAUUCACAGUGGCUCUUCCUGGUGACCGGACCAGUCUGCGGCCAACACAAAUGUUUUACUUUAUUUUGACAUUUUUUUCCCUGAUGAAACAAGACUUAGUUAUGUUCUAUUUCUGUUUAAAAUACCUAUGACGGAUGAGGGCAGCCCAAUCUUGUGAAACAAAUCGUAACAAAUUGAGACGAUAUGUAUUAAUUUUGAAUUCAGAUCCCCAUUUGAGGUCUGCCUUGGUCCUUCCAGGCCUUUCUCUGAACUCCCCUAUGGGGGGUUUUCUUGGGCAUGAGCUUGGCUGAAUUUAACGUCAGAACCUGGUCGUCCUCAUACACAGAAGCAGCUGCAGGAAAGGAAAAAAAUCUCCCCUCUGGCUGGCUGUGAUCUGCAUCCGGUUCAGAGCCAGGGGUGAGGAGGGUCCUCUUUCUGCCACCUGUCUACCCCUGGAAGUUUGUUUCUGCGGUGUAACUUGUCUAGGGCUCAUCUGCACAUUUCCCCCCUUCCGAGAAGGAUUUGAGGUUCAGCACUGAUGCACACGAAAGGACGUUUGGCAUCGCCCAUGCUAAUUUCGUCACUUUAAGGAGAAAAUGAUGCCUGCUUCCAAUUUCCAACACUGUCAUCAUUUCCCCUUCAUUUCAUUCUUUUGCAUCUUCUGGACAGCACUGCAGUCUGCAAGGCUGCGAAAUAUAUUGCCCCGGCUACCUGAGACACGCACGCCCUUCCCGGAACCCUGCCUUUCCCCCUUCCUAACGAAGCGCUUUUCAGUGUUUCCGCGUUCAUGGAAAAGGCAAACGUCCCCUCCCCCACCCUUAGCCCACCCUGGGCUCCCUGCACAAAUGGGUGUGUGUGGGGGUGUUGGAGAAUGGAGUUUUGCUUUUGUAAGUUUGUCAUUUGGACACAUUAGUUAAUUGAUCAUACUUUGGAGGUUUAAUCCUUAAUUGCAAAUUCCAGCGCCAUCACAAAAAAUACGCUCGAACCCAUCAUAAAAAUGGCAAAACCCCAAUCUCAGACUUAAGUGUAGAAUUACCAUAGUGCCGAUUUGAUUAUGCUUCAGUGACAUCUGUUUAAUAGAUUUCCACGAGAACUGUAAAUCCACAUUUACUUUCUUUGCAAAUUGUAUUUGAAUGCUGAGCAACCACGACCCUCCUGCCUCCUCUCCUCCGUAACCAUGCAUGUCCCAAACCCCCGUGAAUGUUGAGUGUGACUUGACGUGUACGUGGGACGGGGACGCAGAAUGCUGAUCUCUACACAUUUCCCUCUUCCUUCCUUUUGUGUGUGGGUAUGUCUGUGUGCAUGUCUGAGACGGAUCUGAGCGGCUUCCCAUUUCAACUCCACAGAUACGUGACUCUCCAACUGCUUUAUUUUGAAAACUAGGACAUAGCACUUUGCAGAAGAAAAAUCAGUCCACUCACUAUUAUUUAUGUGAUUGCUGAUCUGCUAGAUGGAUAUAGAAAGCACCAAGAAUUAUAAUAAUUUAUGGAGUGAAGCGCUGGUUCACAAACAUAUCUCUGUGCCCGAGCUCUGUGGGUUUCUCUGCAUCUCGGGCCUCGUUCUGUGCGACGGGAACGGAGGAUGUUCAGAAUUUGAAGACAGGCCGGGCAAACCGACCGCAUUCAUGUCUAAAAUUAAAGGAAUAAGUGAGCAGCUAUUUGUGGCAGACAGGACAUGAUCCAUCUGCUUCCAGGUCUGGCGGGGGGCCGGGCGGCGGCGGCGGCGGCGGCGGGAGAUGCCCGGGCGGCCCGCGGACGUCCAUGUGGCGCUCUAGGUGGGACGCCGGCGUGCUGAAGGCGGAGGCCCUGGCGCUGCUCCCCUGCGGCCUGGGCAUGGCGUUCUCCCAGUCGCACGUGAUGGCCGGGCGGCGGCACCAGCACGGCCGGCUCAUCGUCGAGGUGGACGAGUACAGCUCCAACCCCACCCAGGCCUUCACCUUCUACAACAUCAACCAGGGCCGCUUCCAGCCUCCGCACGUGCAGAUGGUGGACCCGGUGCCUCACGACGCCCCCAAGCCUCCUGGCUACACCCGCUUUGUCUGUGUCUCUGACACCCACUCGCGGACGGACCCCAUCCAGAUGCCCUACGGCGACGUGCUGAUCCACGCCGGGGACUUCACCGAGCUGGGGCUCCCGAGCGAGGUGAAGAAGUUCAACGAGUGGCUCGGCAGCCUGCCCUACGAGUACAAGAUCGUGAUCGCCGGCAACCACGAGCUGACCUUUGACCAGGAGUUCAUGGCCGACCUCAUCAAGCAGGACUUUUACUACUUCCCGUCCGUGUCGAAGCUGAAGCCCGAGAGCUAUGAGAACGUGCAGUCGCUGCUGACCAACUGCAUCUACCUGCAGGACUCGGAGGUCACCGUGCGCGGCUUCAGGGUCUACGGCUCCCCGUGGGUACGGUGUCAUGGCAGAUGGGACCACCACCUAUGUGAACGCGUCCGUGUGCACUGUGAACUACCAGCCUGUGAAUCCGCCUAUAGUCAUCGACCUCCCCACACCCCGGAACUCCUGACUGCCCCCCGCUGCUGCAGCCCUGCCCGCCCGUGUCAGCUACACAUGCCUGGCCGAGAGCACGGACCCCCAGCCACCCUUCCUUCCAUGCCGAAUGACCCAGACGAUCCGUCUGGCUGCAGGGAUAGCCCAGCAGACUCAUUGAGGCCUUGGAAUGACCCUUCAGCCUUCUGUCACCUGGAGUCGGGACCCUGCGUGUCCCCACCAGGGGUUCUGUGCUUAUUACUUUUUCUGUGUGUACAUCCCGCGUGUACCUCGUUAAAGGACCUGAUAAUCUCGUGGCCCUGUCUUGCUUUGGAAAUGACUGAAUCUUCGUCCUUCUCAGCUGGACCCCCUCCUGGUCUGUGAUGCUGCUGCUCUCGAGUGGGUUUCGGAAGUUCUCGCACAAAGUGUCCCUCUGCCCAAGGGUCUGCGUGGCUGCAGGCCCCGGGGUUGGGGGGCGGUGGGGAGGUUUUGCAGCCUGGGUGCAGCCAGCCCUUCCUGUCCUCCCAGGCCAGAGAGGAGACAGGCCUGCUGGAGGUGGAGCCCUCCAAGGGGGUGUUUGGGGACAUCUCAGGAAUUCAGACUGUCCCUGGCCGGGCCCACAAGCGUUUGCCUGGCGUUGUUCCCUGUUUCUUCCUGUGGGCAUUUUCACUGACGUGGACGAUGGCCUGAGCAUUCUGGGCACUUGCUGGCAGCCUGGAUUUGGGCGAUUAGAGCUGCAGAAUGAGCCCUCUGUGUGCCCAGGGCCAGCGAGAGGCUCCCGGUCACGGGGGGACAGCCCUGGGUCCCUGGGGACUGCGCUGUUCUGCGGAACUCAGCAGCCUGGAGGGUCUGUGGGCCGAGGCUGUGCCGCUCUGUCUCAUGUGUGUGCACACACACGCACACGUGAGUGCGCGCCCUCUCCUCUCAAUCCACCCCAGUGGGCCCGUGUUUCUCGUCACUGCCCUGCGGUGGGUUGUGUUCCUUGGUGCGGUUUCCUUGCGCCAUUGGGAUUCCAUCUGCAUGCCCGCAGCUGGGGACCCUAAAGGGCUCAACACCCUCAUUGCCCUGGUCCCGGCGGCCCGUCACCGGGGCAGGGUGGCUCCGAGAGAGAGCAGGCCCUGGUGCCGGCGGCCCCACCUUGGACAGCUGCUUCUUCCUCUGUGGCUGAGGACUGGGGGUGAGGCAGGGGAGGGGCCAGGGGGGCUGGGACUGGGGUGGCCUUGAGGCAGGGUCGGGCAAGUGCAGGGUCACAUUCUGUCUUUAUUUAAAAUUUUGAUAUUUUGUUCAUCAUGCAUUUUUUUUGCAUUAAUUUUGAUUUUUUAAAAGUUU